AACAAGCCCCGCCCCCACCCUUGAGCCGAACCACUAGCUAAAGCGGGGAGCCCAGCGCCGGGAGAGCUUCAGUAUCUGCCUUUCCACUGCAGCAGCGGCCGAUUCAUUCACCUCAUUCACUUUUCUUCCUUCCAGUCCGACUGGCCUGUGCCUUAUAACAGCCCCCAUAGGGCCGAAUACAGAGUGAAUGGGAAGAGCCUUCUUUCUUUCCUUCCAGACCAAGGAAGCAUCCAUUAGCCGGCUCGGGGGGUGACUGAAGGACAAGCACAGGUGUCUGGUGCGAGCUGUUACCGUCGGUGUCUUUAUUCGCUUCUAAACAGAGGAAAGGUGCCGGGUAACUGGGAGAUCCGAACCCACAUUGUACUGGGACAGUCAGAGAAGCGGAUCCCUGGCACAGAGCGGUUCUCGGAAAGGACUGAAACUUUAUGGAUCUGCUGACUUCAGAAGAAGUCGGCACUUGCCACUAACUGAGUUUUGGCCAAAGUAUUGAGAAGACUUUUACUUGGAGACUUUAUUAGAGAACCAGAGGCUGGAAUCGUAAAGUGAAUAAUGUAAUCUAACAGAGAUUUGAAGUUGAUUUUAUUUGACAUCUGUGCAUUUCAUUCCUUUCAAGAUGCCAGCGAAGACACCCAUUUAUCUAAAAACUGGCAGUAGCAAAAAGGGUAAAAAAUUCAAACUAAGGGAUAUAUUGUCCCCUGACUUGAUCAGUCCCCCUCUAGGGGAUUUCCGUCACACUAUACACAUCGGGAAAGGUGGGCAACAUGAUGUGUUUGGUGACAUUUCUUUCCUCCAAGGAAAUUUUGAGUUGUUGCCUGGCAACCAAGGGAAACCCAGAAAUGGACAUUAUAAUGGACGUGGUGAAUUUUUCAGGGCAAACAGCACCUGUGAAUCUGUGUUUUCAGAAACUUCCUCGCCUGUACUUAAAAAUGCAAUUUCUCUCCCCACAAUCGGAGGAUCGCAGGCCUUAGUUCUGCCUUUAUUAUCCACAGUGACUUUUAACUCUAAAAGGGACUCCUUUAGCCCUUCCAGGUUACCCCGGCUGAGCUGUGAGCCUGUGCUAGAGGAAAAACUAUUGGAGCAGAGCCAACCCUAUGAAAAUGGACACCCAUUUGAUAAUGAUCAUGCGUGGAAAGUAAGCAGCUCAGCUUCAUGCUCUACAAAUGGAAGGUCAAGCCAUUCUUCCAGCCUCUCAGAACCAUAUAAUGACUGGCGGGCUAGUGACUUUUUUGAAGAUAGCCAUAUUGCAUGUGAAAUAGAGAGUCCAGACAUGAAACUAGAAGAGCCUCUUUCUGACCUGGCGAGUUCACUCCUCAACCUCCAGCUUGACCUUGGCCCAUCUCUGUUGGAUGAGGUCCUUCAUGUCAUGGACAAAGGCAAUGCUUAGACAAGGCUUAGGCCUUGCAAACCUUACGAACAUGGUACUUAUAUAUGUCUGUUAACCAUACAUUUAAAUAAUUCUAAUAUUUUAUUGUUUACAAUAUCUGCACCGCCAUAUUUCUUUCAUCAACAGUAGAAAUACUGAAGUAUAUAUAAGAUUUUCUUUUCAACCUUGGUAUUUGUGAGACACUUUCAGAUACUUGUCAACUCUUCCAACAGGUAUAUAGUUUUUUUUUUAUGUGUGCAAAGAACGCUGGAGAAGAAAUGUAUAGUAAUAUAUUCUUUGUUUGCAAGAAGGGAAUAAAAUGUAAACAUAUAAAUAUACCGUAUAUUAAGGAGUACCAUGGCCUCAUUGUUCAUUGUUGAAUUUCCACACUAAGUAUCAUGACUUAUACAUGUGCCAUAUCAUCCGCUUCUGCUGCAUGCAUCAGAAAGUCUUCAUCAGGACCAGGGAUCACCAGGCUGCCACCUUAUAGCUCCUAGAAGUUACAUUUGCCUGGAGCCCCCUGGUCCCAUCAUAUAUAUAUAUUUUAGCCAGCACAUUACUAAAUUAUUUCCGUUUAAAUAUCCUUUAUGUGCCUUUGUAUUUUUACAACAAAGUUUGUACUUUAUAAAUAUUCCAUCACCAUUUUUUUUAUCGCUUACACAUUUUUCAUCGCAGGUUCAAUGUAUAUUUUUGUGACAGUUUGAGAAAAUAUGUAUUAUACUUUUUUUUUUUUUUUCUUAUCUAUGUUCUUCAAAUGUAUGAGGCAAUAUAUGUUUCAUAUGUAAGCAAAGCACUGGUUUCUCAUAUUGUUAAAUAAAAUGAUUAAUGCCAAA